AUGCGGAGUGCUGAACAGCCGGGCGAAAUUCAGCAGCCUCCAGAAAAGAAGCCUGAAAAGACUAUUAACAAAAGACUCCAACGGACCCAAGCUCAAGUGAACGAGGUCGUUGACAUUAUGCGAGUAAACAUCGAGAAAGUUCUCGAACGUGACAAAAAUCUUUCCCAACUUGAUGAUCGAGCAGAUGCACUUCAAGCAGGUGCCUCCCAAUUUGAGGCAAGCGCGGGAAAGCUGAAACGGAAAUUUUGGUGGAGAAAUUGCAAGGUAAGCUCACGAAAAUAG